AGUGAAGACACGGAGCCGAAGGGCGAAUUAUACCCCGUCGCAUUAAGCUACAGCCCGUUGUGACGGAUAAGAAGUGGACUCGUACACAGAAUACUUGUUCCUCCUCUUCCUAUGUCUACAUUCUCAACUCGUCCCUUCUACCACAGUGCACCUACUUUCUUGCUGCUAAAGCUUUUGCAUCCAUUUUCCACCUCCUUUUGCCAACCGCUCGUCGCAGAUUCACAGCCAGGUCCGUCCAUUUCGAUUCAUCCUUCAAGCACGCGUUCGCUUUAGCUUCACUCCUUUCACAUCAUUUCCUGGCGUUGGACUCUUGAUUUUUAACUGUUUUCUUCGUCACCAUGGAGCCCAGCGAAAAGAGUCAUGAGGCUCUUGACGAGGCUUCCAACAAAGAAGUCCAACCGUCGGUUAGUUCACGCUCUUCGCGAGGCAAGACACCAGAGCACGAUGGCGGUCAAAUACAGCCAACCCAGACCAAUGCGUCAGAAAUCGUCUAUCCAAGCACGGCCAAAACCGCUGUGAUCAUGUUGUGUUUGUACAUCUCCAUGUUUUUGGUUGCGCUGGACCGUACCAUUCUCGCCACGGCCGUGCCUCGAAUUACAGAUAGUUUUCACAGCAUCGACGACAUAGGCUGGUAUGCCAGUAGUUACAUGUUGACAGCUUGUGGAUUCAUCCUGGUUUAUGGCCGCGUGUACACGUUCUACAACACGAAAUGGGUCUUCCUGUCCGGUAUCAUCCUCUUUGAAGUAGGAAGUGCAAUUUCUGGAGCAGCACCGAACUCUACCGCACUUAUUAUCGGGCGUGCAAUCGCAGGUUUUGGGUCUUCCGGCAUUUUUACAGGCGCGAUCACGAUCAUGAUCAACACCGUUCCCCUGCACAAGCGUCCAAUGUACCAAGGACUAUUUGGAGCAACCUUCGCCAUUGCCUCUGUAGUAGGUCCUCUACUCGGCGGUGCUUUCACUGACUCGAAAGCAACUUGGAGAUGGUGUUUUUACAUCAACUUGCCCCUGGGUGGUAUCGUCGUGACCUUCCUAACAUUCUUCCUUCACCUCAACGAGAAGGAGAAAAAGAAGGUCACGUUGAAGGAACAGUUCAUGAAACUGGAUCCCUUGGGAACUCUGUUCUUCCUCCCAUCGAUCGUUUGUCUGCUCUUGGCCCUUCAGUGGGGUGGAACAAAGUAUGACUGGUCUUCAUGGAGGGUCAUACUACUCCUCGUCAUAUUCGCAGCCGGUUUCGUCGCCUUUGUCAUCGUCCAAGCCAUCACUCGCAACACCACGGCCACAAUUCCAUCACGCAUCAUUUUGCAACGCAGCGUCAUUUUUUCUGCAAUCUACACCUUCUUCAAUGGUUCGGUUUUCAUGACUGAGGUCUACUACAUCCCAAUCUGGUUCCAAGCAAUCAAAGGCUCGUCAGCCGUGCACUCUGGUAUACAGAGCAUCCCUCUGGUUUUGUCACUGGUCACGCUCGCCAUGCUCUGCGGUAUCCUUGUACAACGAUUUGGCUACUAUACUCCAUUCAUGUGGUGCGGCUCUGUCAUCAUGACAGUUGGUACCGGCAUGAUACACACUUGGAAAGUAGACAGCGGUCACAACGAAUGGAUCGGUUACCAGGUAUUGUUAGGUAUUGGCAUCGGCAUGGGUAUGCAACAGUCCAACCUCGCGGUUCAGACCGUGCUCCAGCAUCGUGACGUACCCACCGGCUCCGCGCUGAUAUUCUUCUGCCAAACCCUCGGAGGCGCUGUCUUCGUGUCAGUUGGCCAGAACGUCUUUUUAAAGAAAUUCGCAGGGCAACUGCGCCAAUUACCCGCCGGCGUCCUCAACAUGCAAACCCUUCUCAACACAGGCGCGACCGAAAUCCGCAACGUCGUACCUCCACAAUACAGAGAUCAAGUCAUUCGUUCAUACAACUAUGCACUGAUGAAUGGGCCGAUGCUUGUUUGCAUAAUUCUGGCAUGUAUCACAUUCGUGGGUGCCCUAGGUGUUGAAGUGAGAAGCACAAAGGAACAAUUGAAGAAAAAACAGGCUGCUGCUCAGCAGCAACAAAAUGAAAAGCAGGACAUAGAAAAGGAAGCAGAGUCUUAAAAGGACGCUUCCGAGGACGAUGUGGCCGCAAAAGAAGAGGUUAUCGCAUAGGAUUUAGAAUUUGUAAUCGUUUAGGCACAAAUUUCGCCGGCAGGGCCAGGUCUGUUAAAGUAGACAUACUCAUCUCAGCAUAUCUAAUUAAUGCAUCACCAACUUGUUACUG